UCCUGGUGUGUUGGCAUGUGACCACGCAGAGCUGUCAGCUGCUGCUAUUUAAUUCCAAGGCGCUGUAAAGUGUAUUGUUUGUCCCCCUGCUAUGCUGAACUAAUUUUACUACGAAAACAUCAGCAAUAAUCAGAGGCGGAUGAGAGAGAAUUACUACGCUUCGUAGUUUAUCAACUUGUUGAAACUGUAGCGAGUGCAAAUACAACUAGCUUCCGAAAAUUAAAUAACUACGACGUGAUUUUGCAUAUUCGAUAUAAUCGUAAUUUAUGGUGUAAUUGUUGUAUGCCACUGUUUGACUCGAGCCGGAGAGUGAGUUGAUGUUCAUGAAAGCAAACUUCCAACUACACGAAUAACCUGUUUCUCGUAGCCUACAUGGGAUAGCUUGGAGAAAUAUAAUACCCCGAGUCUGAUAUACAGUAUUGCUAUAUUUACGUUUAAUGCUCAGUCUGUGAAAAUAAAAACUGUUACCACCCAAGCUGGAUUGUGGGCGCCUAGUAGCAUCCCGCAGGCGAUGGUAAAGGAAGAGUGCAAAACCAUGUUAGACGCCCUUAAUAAAGUGACAGCUUGUUAUCGGCACAUGGUAAUCAGUGCUGGGGGUACCUCAGAUUCCCAUAAUCUGAGAGAAGAGCUCAGGAAGACACGGCAAAAAGCGCAGGAUCUUGCAGUCGCUAAUCGAAACAAAUUAACAUCUGUGCUAAAAGACAAGACCAUUACUAAAGAAGACAGGGCAGAUUAUGAGAGACUAUGGGUAAUCUUUUCAACAUGCAUGGAAAUCCUGGAGGUCGAUAUGAGAAGAGCGCUGGAACUUGGGCAGGAGUUUCCCAUCAAUGUACCGAAAAAGCACCUGAUCCAGACUGGCAUGACAGGGGGUACAUCUGCAGUGGCUGCUAGGGCUAUGAGCGUGCAAAACAUGAAGUAUGAAGCUGAGACCAACCUCGAUUUGGCCGAUCUGAAGGACCUGGAGCACGAAAUCUGUCAAGUGGAAGAGAUGAUGUACGAAAUGGAAAUGAAAGUGAAUGUCCCACAGUGGACCGUAGAGGCGAAACAGGACCCCGGUGCUGAACUUAAGUCCACUGUCAGCAUUGGGGCUUCAUCGGUUGGUGCAAUUUCCCUGGAUGAGAAUAAGUCAUACUGUGAUCCCAGUAAAGCUCUUGCCGGGGUGGUAUUCACCGCUGUUCUGAUAGUUGCCAUUGUAUUAGCGGUCUGUGUUGUCAAACUUUCUUAAGGAAACCGAAAUACUGUAUUCAUUAAACAGUAUUUAAUUAUAAUCAGGGAGUACCAUUUUUAAGUGCCGCAAUAUAGAUUACCAGAGCCAGCCCAAAAAAUGCGAGCUGCCCCCGAGUAGGACGGAUGUAUGCUUGUCACAUAAACAUAUGUCUUAUCCAGAUUUAUUUAAUACCCGUUACUGUUUGAAUUAUACUUUGGCAGGAACAAUUUAAUUAGCUUUUCCAAAGUUUGCUACCUAGGCACCUUAGUGCAUACAUUGAAAUUUUUAAUGCACCACAGUGGAGAUUUAACCUCCUCGAGUCAUAUUGGUCACAUUUAAUUAACAAUUUAAAACCUAAUCAGUAACGGCUAUGAUCUAUCUUAACGACAAAUGGUUAAAGGGGGUCUGCAAGCUUUCAGAAAAUGUAGCAGCAGUUGGUCUAAUUUAAUAACUUAUUGUGGUAUAAAGCUAAAGUACACGUGCGCUAUUUUUGCUUUCUCGGAAAUGUCACCUUCCAGCUUUUCGUGGGAUUAUGCUGUCAGCCUCUAAGCUGCAAAUGUGGUCUUUAUUUAUCAAGAAUGGUUGACGCGGAAUUAAUUUGUGCUAUGAUACCAUAAUGUAGCAGAGCUUAUAUCUACAAAAGAGCUAAAAGGGAAAGCUUUCCUGAUUCCUUUGUUAUCUGAUGCGCACUGAGAAGGGGUUAUACUUGUUAUAAUAAAACGCUUUCAGUGAAAAUUGUCAUGGGGUUAAUUAAGCCGUUCACUGGAGCUACCAAAGUGUUUUCCUGCAAGUAUGUAAUGUACAUAUGGGAAUUUUGGGGCUGCAGUACAACACAUACGGAGUGUGUUUAUCUUUGUUCUGAAAUAUGCUGUGCAUUAAUUUUGAUGAUGUUCCAUUAACACACACAACAGCAAAGCUAAGCAAAGCAAUGAUAAGCUAAAGCAGGUUAAUUUUCUAGUUACAGAUAAAUUUCUUACUAGUACGGGUUACUUAUUUCCUGAAAACAUGCUGCAUUGCUAUCGCAACACUGCUGUAGUUGCACUGAUUGCUUCACUCUUUAAAAGUGUAUAUAUGUAUGCAUUUAUUUAUUUUUACAUUUGUUAACUUGGUUCGGCAGAUCCCAAUGAAUCAUUUCAGACUCAACCUGGAAAAGCACAACAGACAGAAGAUAAGGCGACAUUUCCAAAGGGAUAUGCACAAUAAUGAAUAAAUACUUAUCAACGCUAUAUAACUAUAACACUGAAAAAAAGUAUGUCUAAAAAUGUGUUUUAAACUGUAGGACAAAUUACAUAACUGGAACAAAUGAGGCAUUCACAGUAGAUAUCUCCAAUACAGAGUACUUAACAUUUAUGUGUACAAAGGCAGAGAAAAGGAAACGUGAAGGGAAGGAAAGUUAAAGUAGAAUGAAAGGAGGGUGGAAAAGAUGAAAAAGGAGGGGACUUGAGGGAGAUUUUAAGGGUGUAGAGUAACAUAGUAUAUAGCAUGGAAGAAAAACGAGAGCCUAUUGGGAGAGGAAUAGCACUUGCAGGAGUCUUCAUGAAUGAAAUUUUUUAAGAUGGUUGUGGAAAGCUUGGAAGGAAGAUUGUGGUCAUAUCUUUAGCAAUUAAAAAAAAAAACAAUUUCACUAUAACACAUUUUCUGCUUUAACUUUGAAUGACUUAACUUUAAAGUUCUAAGCUUGUCCCCACUUCCAUAUCAAAUUAAGAUAUUUUUUUACAUUAAAACAAAAACUGUAGUAAGAGCAUCUUUUCUGACAAAGGCAUACUGUAUAAAACUACUAGUGAUUAUGUCAUCUUAACAGAUUUUCAUUGCGUAAAAAAAAAUCAUCUGGAGAAUGCAUCAGAUUACACAUCCUAAAUGCAUUCUCACCUAAUACGAUUACCUUGGGCUUUUGAUCUAGGCUCAAGUAUGACCAUGGCAGAAAUAGCUUGUGACUGCUGACAGCCAGUUGAUUCAGUGAGCAGAUGCAGAGGAAGAUUAUGAGAUACAGUACGGCUUAAUGAGUCCUACUUUCCAGGUAACAAGGGCAGUAUUUUGACAAAUUAUGCAACAAUAACGUGCAAUGACCACUGUGUUCUGGAUUGUAACUCAAGUAGAAAAAAAAUCUUUUUUUAGAAUUUUAUUUCAGUUGUUGACAUGUCUGUGCACACACUAAUUUUGACAUUCUUAUAUGGGAAGGAAGUGAUAAAAAUGUUAGAAGAAGAAGCAGGACAAAUGAGUAGGUUGAAUAAAGAUAUGGGAUUGCUAACCUGCAUGUCUCUGUGAUGUCUGCAUGAAAGUAAACACUGUAUGUUACAGAAAUUAAAUUCUGGGAUAGGGAAGGUUGGAAACUGAUGUCCUCUGUUUUAAACCACAAAAUAUUGAUGAUUACAUUAUUUAUGCUUUUAUACAAAUGACAUUAAACAGUAAGAAGCGUGGGUUUCAGGCAACAGUUUCAAGUAAUACACUGAACAAAAAUAAAACUUUAGUAUAAUAAACUGAACAUUUUUACUUUACAAAAAAAUGGAAUCAUUCAAUAACUAAAAUGGUUUAUAGUGUGUCUUCAAAAUGAUUUUCUAGGGAUGUUGUUGCAGCAAAUUAAUGAUAGUUGCCUAAAGGUUAAGUAGUGAGUAAAGCUUAUGUCAAACUAAAUUAAAUGGAACUGCAGUUUGUUAAAAACAUUCUCUGUAUGGCAUUAUAUUUACUUCCCAUUUAAUACUUUUACAGGAAGAUUUGGGGGCUUUAUUUUCAACACUCUGCAAAAUCUCCAGGUUGGAAAGUGUACUGGAUCUGAGAGAUGUAAAAGGGAAUCAUACAGGUAUGAUGAAAAAAUGACCCUAACUGUGAUCCAGCUUUUGUCCUUUUCACUGCCAGUGGGAGGAUUGUAGAUGUAGGCAGUUUCGUAUUCUUGUUUAGCCUGCAUGUCACUAAAAUUGUUUUGUUUGUCUCAGGCAUUCUUAGAUUAUUUUACCAUUCUUUAAUCUGCCACUUUACUUAAUAAUGCUACUGUAUGCAUUUAUGAAAUACUGAUGUGAAAAAUAUAUAUUGCAUUACCUCUUAUUUGCCUUAUGCCCAAUUUCAGGUGUCCCUUUAAUGUGUACUUAAAGACAUGCUUCCUCCAGAGUUGCAAAAUAAAAUAUUGCUCAAAUACUGAAUUUUUAACUCUCCCUUAGAAAAUUGUACUGUACCAAAAUGUGGGUGUCUGGAAACAAACCUCCUUUUAACUGCAAGGAGUUAUACUUGGCAUGAGUCUUGCACAGUGUUUAUUGUAUUAGUAUUACAACAGAUCUGAAGUACGCCCUUCCCUACCACCAGUGAAACAAUCAGACUGACAGAAGUAUCCUGUGACUCACAUGUGCUUUGCAAUGGUAACUGUAUUUUUGUCUGUUAUAGCUGAAAAGUGAACUACUGUAGUACAUUUGGUUCAUGCAAACUAGUAGGGAGAAACUCAUUUUUAUGUACUUUUGUGAAAUGACUGUGCUGCUUUAUAGCCAUGACUUGGGCCAGUAACUCAUUUAUGAAAUAACCUAAUGCACUAUGAAAUAAGUACGGGACAAACAUAGAUAAUGCUUAUGAUAUUUGGGAAAAUAUGUGGUCAAGCAGCAUGUGUAAAGUGGGAAAAAUAGUUCGCACCUAGUUCUAACAUGCUAUAAAAAUGUUUCUCUUUUGUUUUGUUUUUUUUUUAUUUUUUUUUCAGAAAACUCAGCAGUGUUUUUCUAAAGUUUAUAUAAAAGUGAUCGCUGUGUGUCCAUGCAUGUGCACUUGCAUGCACAGAUUUAUAAAAUGUUCUCAGUCUGUCUAGCUAACAGGGAUAGGCCAUAAAAGAUGUACAAUACACACUUAAAAAGAAGCCUCUCUUCCAAAUCUGAAUGUAUAAUAAAAAGUCAUGACAGCUCAUGAGUUCAGUAAGACAUACCGGGUUGUGCAUGGGACAACUUUUCUGCACACUUAGUCUUCUAAGGCACUUGACCUUUGAAUCCAUACUUCAUAGUAACCUAUGUGUGUAGUAAUAUCUUUUCAGUGCACACCAAGCAGCAUGUAUUAUUUUUAUGUAUGCAUGUAUUUACAAAAUAAGUCACUUGCCGCAGCAGCUAUUGAUGGUUAUUGGCAGUAGCUGCAGGGAUGUUUUUGCAGGUGGUCCUGUUUGUGCAACUUAUUUCUAGCUUCCAUUUACUGUCCACUGCUUCUAAUUAAAAAUUGUUUGUCUACUGUAUUGCUGAGAUUACUGUUAUCAUGACUUUAGUGAGGUGUCUUAACUGCUUGUCUAGACUUGUGGCAUUUCUGUAUCUGAAGACUAUGCAAUCUUUCAGUGUUUCACAAAUGCAGAGAACUUAUGCUUGUCUUUCUGCAGUCCUUCUGUGGUACUUUGUUUCUUUUGCAGUUUGUGAAAUGAUGGGUCCUCUUUGCGAAUUUAGUCUGUGGUCAUUAUUUAUUUAUUCAUUCUGCAUAUUUGGAUCUUUAGCUGUGGGUCACAUUUCAGAAGUGUCAUGGAAAACAUGCCAUCAGAAUAAUAAAAUAAAUCUGCCUGGUUACAUUCUGCUGGGGGAAAAGACUGAAUACAUUCAUAUAAAUAAAGAGUUUUCCUUUUCUGUA